AUGGAAAGAAAUCAGAAUAGUAGGGAGAAAAACUUCCAGGAUAGUAACCGGAGAGAUGGCCAAAGAGAAGGUCAAAGGGACGGUCACAGAGGUGGACAAGGUCAAAGAUAUAACCAAAAUCAAAGAGGAGGACAAGGUCAAAGGGGAAAUCAAAGAAAAGGCCCUAGAAGAGACGCUCCCAAAAGAGCGUCCAUUAUUAACCUUGCCAACUACAAAGAUAAGCAAAUUAGGUUAACUUUUUCCGGAGUCCACGAUUCCCGUGAAGUGAUUGGAUGCUUGAAAGGUUAUGAUCAACUUAUGAACUUAGUGCUGGAUGAUGCUGAAGAGAUUUUAAAGUCAACCGAGAAGAGAACUCUUGGCCGUGUGAUUGUCAGGGGACCGAAAUUGGUGAGCCUUGCUCUGGCAGAUGGAAGCGAGGAAGUGGCUAAUCCGUUCACUCAAAACGAAGAGGCCGAAGAAAACCGUGUCUAA